AUGUUCUUAUCGGCGAAGGAGCUUUGGAGCUCGACCUUGGGCCCCCGCGCUGAUACGUUGAGACGAUUGGAUCUCGGUGAUCUCCGCCAAUCAAAGGGGCCGCAGGGUGCUCGAAACGCCGAACGCGUCGGUCAUGGACUGUCUGGUCAGUCGGACGAAUCGAGAAAGUCUACGCAGCAAUGGAUCUCCAACUGGAUUCAGGUCACUCGAGUCAUUUCAAUUGGGUAA